CAAUUAUUUUGCAAUCACAUUAGAUGUCAAAUGUAUGUUUGCCUUGUUUUUGCUGAUGAGUCAGAAUCACUGAAAAACAAAUCCUGUGUCGGGUGAAGUUUAACACCUAAUUUAACAGAUAUUUGCAAUUUUGACGAGUAGAUCAAACCACUUCCGGACGUAAAAUGGACUGGCUCUUUGGUAAGAAAAUGUCCCCGGACGAAAUGAUGCGGAAGAACCAGCGUGCACUGAAUAAAGCGAUGAGAGAUCUGGAUCGGGAAAAGAUGAAAAUGGAGCAGCAGGAGAAAAAAAUCAUUGCCGAUAUUAAGAAGUUAGCGAAGGAAAAUCAAAUGGACGCGGUCAAAAUAAUGGCCAAAGAUCUAGUGCGGACGCGGCGUUACGUUCGAAAGUUUAUGCUGAUGAAGGCCAACAUCCAGGCGGUCUCGUUAAAGAUUCAGACACUGAAAUCACAGAAUGCCAUGGGAGAAGCGAUGAAGGGUGUUACAAAGGCUAUGACCAACAUGAAUCGACAGCUAAAUUUGCCUCAGAUACAGAAAAUUUUACACGAGUUUGAGAAGCAAUCAGAAAUUAUGGAUAUGAAGGAAGAAAUGAUUAACGACGCAAUGGAUGAUGCAAUGGAAGACGAGGGUGACGAAGAAGAAACUGAUGCCAUUGUGUCACAGGUUCUAGAUGAAUUGGGCUUGCAGUUGAAUGAUCAACUGUCCGGAUUACCACAGGCCUCGGGCUCACUGGCGAUAUCAGCAGGAAUGAAGGCCCCACAAGCGGCUGCUGUUGGCGCAGGUGGAGCAGUGAGUGGUCCUGGAGCCAAUUCACCAGUUUCAGAUGCCGAUGCCGACUUACAGGCUCGUUUGGACAAUCUACGGCGGGAGUAGUAGUGUUCGCAACGAAUCAGCGUCAUCUCAUCACUGCAACUGUAUGUCACGCUUCGAAGGACUUCCGAAAAAAAAGCCGGAAGAUCCUUUGCUGGGAUUCGAACCGAUUGCGUGUGUUUUUUGUUUGUUUGUUUUUUUUCUUCUCUAUUCAUGGAUGUUCACGAAUAAAAUCCUUCAAGAAGUGUCCUGAGAAAUAGAAAUGGACCUAAUUUGAAAACUAUUCGUUCUAUUGAGCUUUGUUUUCCAUACAUUUGUGAGAUUCCCUCGGUCAUUAUACUACUCGCGCACGUAUGGGAAAUGCUUUGAAAUGUCUGAUAUAAAUAUUUUAAUAAAAACAUGUAGUUAUCUUAAUAACAAAGA